AUUCGAUUGUGUCAGUUCGACAGGGACGAAAGAAACUGCAAUACAUUUUGGGGCUUGUACAUUUACGGAAGUAUCGGGCGAGGAUAGCUCUGUUAUCGAAACAUUCUCAGCUAAUAGUUUGAUUUGGAAAUGGCUGGAAAGAGACCUGCCAGUGUUGCCAUUGCACAACAAGGAACUGGAAAAAUGAGUGCCAUUCCCCUCUCUCGGUCUGAGGUGUUCGGGGAGCUGCGGAAGGAGCUGCAUGAGGAUGAAGAGUUCCAUCAGUCUGACGCUCACAUCUUCAUCAUCAUGGGAGCAUCGGGGGAUCUAGCCAAAAAGAAAAUCUACCCAACUCUAUGGUGGUUGUUUAGAGAUGGUCUCCUCCCUGAACAGACUCACUUUGUGGGCUUUGCCCGCUCAGACCUCACGGUGGAUGCCAUCAAAAAUGCCUCCAUGCCCUAUAUGAAGGUGGCAGACUCUGAGGCGGAGCGGUUGUCGGUGUUCUUCAGCCGUAACUCUUAUGUCAGUGGGAAGUACACGGAGGAGAGUGCCUUCUCCAACCUCCACACCCACCUGUUGUCCCUGCCUGGGGGGAGCGAGGCCAACCGCCUCUUCUACCUCGCCCUGCCGCCCAGCGUCUACCACGACGUCACCAAAAACAUCAAGCACCACUGCAUGAGUACCAAUAGGGGCUGGAACAGGGUGAUUGUGGAGAAGCCAUUUGGUCGUGACCUGCAGAGCUCAGAGGAGCUGUCCACCCACCUCUCUUCCCUGUUCACUGAGGACCAGAUCUACCGCAUAGACCACUACCUGGGCAAGGAGAUGGUGCAGAACCUCAUGGUCCUCAGGUUUGGGAACCGGAUCUUUGGGCCUAUCUGGAACAGGGACAGCAUAGCUUGUGUGGUCCUCACCUUCAAAGAACCCUUCGGCACCCAGGGCCGGGGCGGCUACUUUGACGACUUUGGAAUCAUCCGGGAUGUCAUGCAGAACCACUUGCUCCAGAUGCUCUCGCUGGUUGCCAUGGAGAAGCCUGCCUCCACCAGCUCUGAUGAUGUCAGGGAUGAAAAGGUGAAGGUGCUGAAGUGCAUUGCCCCCAUUACCAUGUCAGAUGUGGUGUUGGGACAGUACGUUGGUGACCCAGAGGGAGAGGGGGACGCCAAGCUGGGUUACCUUGACGACCCCACUGUACCCAAAGGCUCCACCCAGGCCACCUUCACCACAGCUGUGCUCUAUGUGCACAACGAGCGCUGGGAUGGUGUUCCCUUCAUCCUGCGUUGUGGCAAAGCCCUGAACGAGAGGAAAGCGGAGGUGCGGUUGCAAUUCACGGAUGUUCCGGGGGACAUCUUUGGAGCGCAGUGUCGUAGGAAUGAGCUGGUGGUGCGUGUGCAGCCCAACGAGGCCGUCUACGCCAAGAUGAUGAGCAAGAAACCAGGAGUGUACUUCCACCCCGAGGAGACUGAGCUGGACCUCACAUACAAGAGCAGAUAUAAGGAUGUGAAGUUGCCCGACGCCUACGAGCGUCUCAUCCUGGACGUCUUCUGUGGCAGCCAGAUGCACUUUGUCAGAAGUGAUGAGCUGAGGGAAGCCUGGAGGAUCUUUACGCCUCUCCUUCAUCAGAUCGAGAGCGAGAAGCCGCCCCCCACCCCCUACAUAUAUGGAAGCCGGGGUCCAACAGAAGCAGACGAGCUUUCAAAGAGGGUCGGUUUCCACUAUGAAGGAACAUACAAAUGGGUCAACCCCCACAGACUGUGAGAGGGGGAGGGGCCAGAGCGGGGUAAAUGAGCAGCAUCAUGUUCCAAUACUUUUGUCUUCUUUGGGUCUGUGGAGUUUCUGCUGUAUUGCUCUUUCCUUUCCAGACCUGUCACGGCAACAGUCAAGUGAGAGAUUAGGAUGGAUGUAUGGAAAGGAAGCUAUGUAAAAGUAUUGGAACAUAGACUAGGUCUCAGCUACUACAUGAAUGCUCUGUACGGUGACCUGGUGUCACUAGUGUCCAUCAGGUCUUAACUAGUUGGGAGGGCGGGAGGGAGCACUUAACCACUGGGGAAGAAGGGAGCGAGAGAGAAAACAACACUAGGCCAAUUCUGUUUCUCCCUCUUCUUCCUGAAGUGUGCACUCUUUCACUUCUCUUCAUGGAUUCAAAAGCUUGGUUGUGAUCUGAUUCGCUACCCUUCCACCACUUGUUUCCAAAAUACUCCUCAUAUUAGUCCAUUCCAUAAGGUGGAGUGUGUACAAGUGCAAAUUUAGGAUUGGGAGAAGGGUAGAGAAUAGGACUGCUGCCAUUGAAUGGAUGUAAGCAUGGGCUAGACAAUUUCCCACUGUCUUACACCUUGAGGGGGAGCGUACAAAUACCACAUUGGUGGUGUUUUUUUGUUUUUACUGUUAAGGUUAUCCUUUUGUUUUGCUCAAGCUAUUUUGGACCAAGGAAAUCAUGUUGCAUAGUAAUAAUACUUAUUGUGACUGUGAAGUGGAUGCAGAGGUCCAGAUUUCGGACAACAUUUUAGUUACGGCAAGGUCUGUCACAGGGUCAACAUGAUGCAGUCUUUAUAAUGAUAUACUAUGUUAUAGAUUGAACAUUCACAUGUUAUUUCCACAACUUGCAAUAAACCAGUCUUAUUUC